AGGUAUUGCCACAGCAAGCGGCAUCAAAGUUGCUUGUCCUACUGCCUGGCGAAGAUUUGCUCAGGUCAAUCAGCCGGUCUUUGGCUUCUGGAGACUCUCAGAAUCUAACGAUCCGGCCAUGUAAAGGGAUCACCGGUCGGAUGCCGCGCAAGAAGGCUGCAGACCGCGUGGGUCCGGUCAAGACCCGAAGUCGUGGCGGCUGUAAAGAAUGCCGCGCGAGUCGAGUUCGCUGCGACACGAAGAAGCCAACAUGCACUCGGUGCUUGGAGAAAGGCUUGGUCUGUACGACUCAACUAGUGCUCAAAUGGGAAUCCGAAUUCGUGAGCCGUGGCCUCGCCUUUGGCCGAGCCGGCGUCUGGAGUAAGGCCCGGGCUACCGGUGGGCCUUCCCCAAAGCCGUCGCCCGGGGCAUCGCCCUCUAUCUUCAUUGAUGAUCAGGAAUGGUGUCCUGUCCCGCUUAUAGAAUCGUGGGGCUUUGUCAAUAGCGGGGUCGCAACAUUUGAUCAGCCAUACGAAGUCGACGUAGCGUGCGACGAGCUGAACGCCCUGAUCGUUCGCGACAAGGGCUAUCACCACUUUCCACGCUAUGUCAGUGAGACCAGUCUCGAUUCGCCGCUCUCAAUGAACGUGCUGAAUGCUUCGUCCAUUCAUCCGGAGCCUGUCGGACUGUCUCCCUCGUUGUCAUUGUUUCCGCCCAUGUCUGCAUCCGAGGAUCGAUUCCUCUUUGACUACUAUCUUCAACAGGUGUGUCCUCGGACCACCGCAAGCUCUAAGCUCUCGUCGCCCUUUGCGUCGAUCAUUCUGCCCUUCUGCUUGUCCGCGUCUCCGCUCAUGUUUACCGCGAUACAAGCUCUUGGGGCCUGCCACUGGGCGCGCUUUGAUUCUACGUACAGUGUCAUUGGGCUUCGGCUCAAAGCACAAGCAUUGCGGGGCCUGCGUCACCGGCUUGCAACGGAAGGCCCGCUAAUAUGCUCCGAAGACCCUGAGGUGCUAGCCAUUAUGAUGAUGUUGUGUCUCUAUGAGAUUGUCGACAACUGCGAUCAACGCUGGACCAUUCAUCUCAAGGGGGCCAAGGAUCUGAUUCGUCUUCGCAGACAGCGACAGAACUCUUCCCUUGCGACAUCCCGCGAUGCCCUGGACCCUGUGUCUGCCUUUGCGGAGCUAUUUUUUGCAUUCCAGGAUGUCAUGGGCCGCACUGCAUGCGGGGAAGAAGUGAGCUUUGGGACGGAUUAUUGGCACGAAAACGAACGGAACAUCGAUCUAUGGAUGGGAUGUAGUCCUGAGUUGGUCUCUAUUCUGUCUUCGAUCACUGAAAUGAGCCGGACCAGACGGAGUUUGACCUCCCAUGCAGCCCGGGCAUCCUUCUCGCAAAGGGCAGCGUCCUUGGUGCGCAAGCUCGAGAACCUUGUGCAAGAAGUCAGCGAUGACGACGACAGCAACCUCGAAUCAGCUGCUGAGCUGAAGCGUCUUGCAGCCGUUUUAUACCUGCAUUGCGCCUUGUAUGGGGCGUCUCCAUCCACGCCAUUAGUAGUGGGCUACGUUCGGAAGAUCUUACGGCUUGUGUCGGACCUACUCGACUCGGGCUCGCUGGUGAGCAUGACCUGGCCUGUGUUCGUGGCCGCAGUUGAAUUGGAUCCAGGCCAGGAUGAGGUUUGGAGAGACAACCGUGGUGAGACCGUGGUCCACGGACGGCCCUUGGUCUUGCGGGCGUUAGCCGCGAUGGCGGAGUCCAGCGUUUCCAAUGUUGCCCGGACUCGAGCGGUUAUUGUCAAGGUUUGGCAGGCACGAGACAGCGAUAUGGUCAAAGGCUCGCCUGUAGAUGCCUCGGAGGAUAAUCAAGGUUGCAACGACUGGGAGUGGUACGUUGCACCGAUAAGCAACGCGAUGAGCUUGGCAUGAGGCAUGAUGGAAGUUGUCUUCUUGGAGGACUUACUUUGUAGGAUAGUGGUGCCUUUUCUUUUUCUUUCUCUUUC